UAUAUACAGUUACAAUGCUUACCCAGAUAAGGAAGACUUCAAGGCUGUUGCUACUGCUUUGAUACAAAAACACCCUUGCCUUACCCAGCCUGGCUCAUCUAAGGGGUGGAAUGGGUGGUAUGAUAGUCUUAGGUGGAAAAUGGGCAAUUACCGCUCAAAACUGCGUCGAGCUGGAUGCUUGGAGGUAUCCAUAAAUGGUGGGAAAAGAAGAGGACUGCAGCCUCAGAGAAACAUCAAAAGACCCAAGAGGUUUGAAAUCAAUUUUCUACCGAACUUCCCUGAUGGUGAAGAUGAAGCCAGCAUGGAGUCCAAAAGGAAAGAGAUGGUGGAAGAAAUGAAGAAACGUCGUCUUAACGUUGCACUGAUAGCCCGGAACAUGAACUCUACAUUUGCCUUGCGUAGAAAGGAAUUGAUAGAGAAGGAGCCUGCUGUGAAGAAUACAGUGGAAAGGUGGCCAGCCCUCUUCACACAGAGUCAGAUCAUGGCAGAGUUUAAUCGUAUAUCUGGCAAAAACCUGCAAACUGAAUACUUUCAAGAACUGGACAGAUUUACUCCACGUUUCAUCGAUAUCUUCAGGGCUAAAGGUGGAGACAUUCGUUCCAAACUUAAGAAGAUUCUGCAGCAGAUUGAAAAUGACGUAAGCUCCUCGACUUAUUACAAUUCUUUUUCGAAAGCAAAACAAAUGUUGCUUUUGCUGUUGUUUUUUGCUCUGUGUUGUGUAAGCGCUAUUCAAUAUACAUUUUUAUAACUUUGCAGAA